AUGACACGAUCGUUCCGGUUUGCUAACAGGGAGGGUUUGUUGAAAAGGUUCUUUCCCUGGCAACACAAAUCGCAUGCUUGCGUCCCAUCCGCAAAGACCAUCCUGGCCGCCGCCGUGAUUUACGUGCCUGCCCUCGCAUUCGCUAAAGUCGGCCUUGUUAUCCUCUAUCACCGGAUCAUCAACAAACAACCCGGUUAUACGUGGACGCUUCACACUAUUUCAGCUAUCAUUUGUGGAUAUAGCGUAGCGAUUAUGCUUGCCUUGAUCUUUGCAUGCAACCCCAUCCAGCGGAAUUGGGACAGCUCCAUCACACGGGGUUCUUGUAUUGAUCGUGGUGGCUUGUACAUUGCAACCGCGGUCACCAAUAUCGUGUCGGACUUCGCUUUGGUUUUGGUUCCUGUCCCGCUGGUGUUAGGCCUACAGAUGCCGCGAAUUCAAAAGUUUGGACUUCUCUGCAUGUUCCUCGUUGGUUGUGGGUGA